AGGGAUGAUAGCUGUGUUAUAUGUUCAACAUGCUAUGUGACUGGACAUUCCAGACAUUCAUGUUCUGAUAUUUAUGACGAAGUUUCAACUGAUAGAGAGCAGCUGCAACGACUCCUGGACAUUGCUGAUGCCAAAUACAUCUCUAACAAGAGACAUCUCAAACAAAUUCAGGAAGUGAAACUAAUGGAAACUGAUGAGGUGAAACAGAAAAUAAAUCAAGAUCGAACACGACUUCAUGAGUACAUUAACAAUCACUAUGAUAAGCAACUUGACAUUAUUGAGACAGAAGUACAGAGGUUACAUGCAACAUUCAAAGAGCUUGAUGCAAAAGGCCAAGAAAUGGAACAAUCAAAAAUGUUUUUGCACAGUUUAUUGUCACAUGGUCACGCAGUAGAGAUUCUAAAAAUGAGAACUGAACUAAAUCAAAAGCAUCAAAUCUUAGUGAAAGAAGGUACAAACAGACUUGAGGACAAGCAGGUUCCAAGAUGUAGCUUUACCUUCAAGCAGGGAUCUUUUGGCGACACAUGGAUAGCUGUUGGGAAUCUAGUCAGCUCUGAAACGCAUGAAAAUGAGACAGAAACCAAAAAGAAUGUUCCUGUUGACACACUUCCAAACAUAGAUGAAUCAGGUCACUCCAAUAGCAUUCAUAAAACAACAUCCAAUCUGUAUGAUGAGCCACAUAUAACUAAUACUUUUAUUGUUCCAAGAAAAAAUCCUGGAAAGGGUGAAUAUAAUAUUUCCGCAAUGGCUGUUCGGCCUAAUGGAGAUGUUGCUAUUGUUACCCAUUGCAAUAAAAUCCUCAUAUACAGUUCAUCACUUUCUGAAAUGAAGUCUACCAUUGCUGGAGCACCUGGAUACAGAGAUGUUAUUGCUCUAGGUGGUGAUUGGCUAAUGUAUACAGAUACAGAUGGUAUACUCCAUUCUUAUGAUACAAAAACUAAGUUUCAAGUGGAGUUUGGAGAACAAGUUAAAUGUCUUGGCGUAUUUCCAAAUGACAACAUAGCUGUUGUAGAUAAUGAAAAAAUAAUGCGUAUAGACAACUGCACUGAAAGGACCCAUUGUUUUGUGAAAGCAAAGUUUGAUAAUCCUUCAAGUGUAACAGUCAAUAGUAAAGAUAUUGUAUUAGUUUGUGAUCGGUCUAAACACAUGAUUCAGGGCUUCAACAUGGUAUCCCAGAAAGUGGUUCUCACUUACGGCUCACAUGGCAAUGGGAAAGGCCAACUGGAUCGCCCUAAGGGUAUAUGCAUAGAUCAACAGGACAACAUUGUAAUUGCUGAUUAUGGCAACAAGAGAGUCCAUUUGGUUGACCCAAAUGGUAACUUUGUUAUGUAUUUACUACAAAGUGAAGAUGGGCCAGUGUCAGUUGCAGUAAAGAAGGAUGGCCAUCUUCUGUGUGGUACUGACAUGGGAAAAAUUUAUACAAUAAAAUACAAAUAGAAACUUGAAAUGUGUUGCCAACAACAUAUACAAUAGUGUUUGUAACAACAAAU